GUGAUCUCAUCUCUCUGGUCGAUGGUUACCGCAAUGUUCGAGUAUGUGACUUUUCCCAGCAAGGGAAGCGCAUCCGAGACAUGCAGGCCGCCCAGGGCCACAAUCGGGGUCGGGUCAGUGCCACUCCCAGCGAGGAUGAGAAGGACAAGGGCUUCCAGCUGGUCGAUACCUCCUCAGCCCCACGGAAGCAUCAUGUGAAUAAGUACGGCCCCUUCAGACCCUCUCCGGCUAUUUUACGGUUUUUCUAUCAAAAAGGUACAGCCAGCCCCGGUGGCAAGACCACCGCAAUAACCGCUACCAACAGCAGCAUCAGCGCGAUGGACGGUAUCAGAAGGGCGGCGGCGGGAAGUCCUGGGGUCCUGCUGCUGCUGGUCGUCGUCAUCAGCAGCAGAGUGCUUACCAACAAGGUUGGGGACGAGGCCAAGGCGUCGCCAGGGGCAUUAAGGAGUGGAGCGUUGCGCCCAAUCCCGACUGGCAG